GCGAGGUGGACCUAUCCUGACCUUCCCUGCUCGCAGCAAUCAUGACAGAAUAAGACAGGAAGACCUGCGGAAACUUGUGACCUAUCUGGCCAGUGUGCCGAGUGAGGACGUGUGCAAACGUGGCUUCACCGUCAUCAUCGACAUGCGGGGCUCCAAGUGGGACCUCAUCAAGCCCCUCCUCAAGACACUGCAGGAAGCCUUUCCAGCCGAGAUCCACGUGGCCCUCAUCAUCAAACCCGACAACUUCUGGCAGAAACAGAAGACCAACUUUGGCAGCUCCAAAUUCAUCUUCGAGACGAGCAUGGUGUCCGUGGAGGGCCUCACAAAGCUGGUGGACCCCUCGCAGCUGACGGAGGAGUUCGAUGGUUCCCUGGACUACGACCACGAGGAGUGGAUCGAGCUGCGGCUCUCCCUGGAGGAGUUCUUCAACAGCGCCGUGCACCUGCUCUCGCGCCUCGAGGACCUGCAGGAGAUGCUGGCCCGGAAGGAGUUCCCCGUGGACGUGGAGGGCUCGCGGCGGCUCAUCGACGAGCACACGCAGCUCAAGAAGAAGGUGCUGAAGGCCCCCGUGGAGGAGCUGGACCGGGAGGGGCAGCGGCUGCUGCAGUGUAUCCGCUGCGGCGACGGCUUCUCGGGGCGCAACUGCAUCCCGGGCAGCGCCGACUUCCAGAGCCUGGUGCCCAAGAUCACCAGCCUCCUGGACAAGCUGCACUCCACCCGGCAGCACCUGCACCAGAUGUGGCACGUGCGCAAGCUCAAGCUGGACCAGUGCUUCCAGCUGCGGCUCUUCGAGCAGGACGCCGAGAAGAUGUUCGACUGGAUAAGCCACAACAAGGAGUUGUUUCUCCAGAGCCAUACGGAGAUUGGAGUCAGCUACCAGCACGCCCUCGACCUCCAGACGCAGCACAAUCACUUUGCCAUGAACUCCAUGAACGCUUAUGUCAACAUCAACCGCAUCAUGUCCGUGGCUUCCCGCCUCUCGGAGGCUGGUCACUACGCCUCGCAGCAAAUCAAGCAGAUCUCCACACAGCUCGACCAGGAGUGGAAGAGCUUUGCGGCCGCCCUGGACGAACGCAGCACCAUCCUCGCCAUGUCUGCUGUGUUCCAUCAGAAGGCUGAGCAGUUCCUGUCGGGAGUGGACGCCUGGUGCAAGAUGUGCAGCGAGGGCGGGCUGCCCUCUGAGAUGCAGGACCUGGAGCUGGCGAUCCACCACCACCAGUCCUUGUAUGAGCAGGUGACCCAGGCCUACACAGAGGUCAGCCAGGAUGGCAAGGCACUGCUGGAUGUGCUUCAGCGUCCCCUGAGUCCCGGGAACUCCGAGUCCCUCACGGCCACAGCCAACUACUCCAAGGCGGUGCACCAGGUGCUGGACGUGGUGCACGAGGUGCUGCACCACCAGCGGCGACUUGAAAGCAUCUGGCAGCACCGCAAGGUGCGGCUCCAUCAGCGACUGCAGCUCUGCGUCUUCCAGCAGGACGUCCAGCAGGUGUUAGACUGGAUUGAAAACCACGGCGAGGCCUUUCUCAGCAAGCACACAGGGGUCGGGAAGUCUCUGCAUCGAGCCCGGGCCCUGCAGAAGAGGCAUGAUGACUUUGAAGAGGUGGCUCAGAACACAUACACCAAUGCAGACAAGCUCCUAGAGGCGGCGGAGCAGCUGGCUCAGACGGGGGAAUGUGACCCGGAGGAGAUCUACAAGGCAGCUCGACACCUGGAGGUGCGCAUCCAAGACUUCGUGCGCAGGGUGGAGCAGCGGAAGCUUCUGCUGGACAUGUCUGUCUCCUUCCACACUCACACCAAAGAGCUGUGGACAUGGAUGGAAGACCUUCAGAAGGAGAUGCUGGAGGAUGUCUGUGCAGACUCUGUGGAUGCGGUCCAGGAACUGAUCAAGCAGUUCCAGCAGCAGCAGACCGCUACUCUGGAUGCCACGCUCAAUGUCAUCAAGGAGGGCGAAGACCUUAUCCAGCAGCUCAGGUCAGCGCCUCCCUCCCUAGGGGAGCCCAGCGAGGCCAGGGACUCGGCUGUGUCCAACAACAAGACGCCCCACAGCAGCUCCAUCAGCCACAUCGAGUCAGUGUUGCAGCAGCUGGACGACGCCCAGGUGCAGAUGGAGGAGCUGUUCCACGAGCGCAAGAUCAAGCUGGACAUCUUCCUGCAGCUGCGCAUCUUUGAGCAGUACACCAUAGAGGUGACGGCAGAGCUAGAUGCCUGGAAUGAGGACUUGCUUCGGCAGAUGAAUGACUUCAACACGGAGGAUCUGACACUGGCGGAGCAGCGGCUGCAACGGCACACGGAACGCAAGCUAGCCAUGAACAACAUGACCUUCGAGGUCAUCCAGCAGGGCCAGGACCUGCACCAGUACAUCAUGGAGGUCCAGGCCUCAGGAAUUGAGUUAAUCUGUGAAAAAGACAUUGAUCUGGCAGCCCAGGUGCAAGAACUGUUGGAGUUUCUCCAUGAGAAGCAGCAUGAGUUGGAGCUCAACGCAGAGCAGACCCAUAAGCGGCUUGAGCAGUGCCUCCAACUGCGGCACCUCCAGGCCGAGGUCAAACAGGUCCUGGGGUGGAUCCGCAACGGGGAGUCGAUGCUCAGCGCCAGCCUGGUCAACGCCAGCUCUUUGUCCGAAGCGGAGCAGCUGCAGCGGGAGCACGAGCAGUUCCAACUGGCCAUAGAGAAGACGCACCAGAGCGCCCUGCAGGUGCAGCAGAAAGCUGAGGCACUGCUCCAGGCUGGCCACUACGACACAGAUGCCAUCCGGGAAUGUGCGGAAAAGGUGGCCCUCCACUGGCAGCAGCUCAUGCUGAAGAUGGAAGACCGGCUGAAACUGGUCAACGCCUCGGUGGCCUUUUAUAAAACUUCUGAGCAGGUCUGUAGUGUCCUGGAGAGCUUAGAGCAAGAAUACCGGAGAGAUGAGGACUGGUGUGGUGGACGAGAUAAAUUGGGGCCAGCAGCAGAGAUCGAUCACGUCAUUCCACUCAUCAGUAAACAUUUGGAACAAAAGGAGGCCUUUCUUAAGGCCUGCACCCUGGCACGGCGGAACGCUGAGGUCUUUCUCAAGUACAUCCACAGGAACAACGCCAGCAUGCCUAGUGCCACCAGCCACACCCGGGGACCCGAGCAGCAAGUGAAAGCCAUCCUGAGUGAGCUCUUACAGAGGGAGAACCGGGUCCUGCACUUCUGGACCUUGAAGAAGCGGCGGUUAGACCAGUGCCAGCAAUACGUGGUGUUUGAGCGAAGUGCCAAGCAGGCGCUAGACUGGAUCCAAGAAACAGGUGAAUAUUACCUCUCAACACAUACCUCCACCGGGGAGACCACAGAGGAGACUCAGGAACUGCUGAAAGAAUAUGGGGAGUUCAGGGUGCCUGCCAAGCAAACAAAGGAGAAGGUGAAGCUUCUGAUUCAGCUGGCCGACAGCUUUGUGGAAAAAGGCCACAUUCAUGCCACAGAGAUCAGGAAAUGGGUGACCACGGUGGACAAACAUUACAGAGACUUCUCCUUGAGGAUGGGAAAGUACCGGUACUCUCUGGAGAAAGCCCUAGGAGUCAACACAGAGGAUAACAAGGACCUGGAGCUGGACAUCAUCCCAGCAAGCCUUUCAGAUCGUGAGGUCAAGCUCCGGGACGCCAACCAUGAGGUCAAUGAAGAGAAGCGGAAAUCAGCCCGGAAGAAAGAAUUCAUUAUGGCGGAGUUGCUCCAGACAGAGAAGGCGUAUGUGAGGGACUUACACGAGUGCUUAGAGACCUACCUGUGGGAAAUGACCAGUGGUGUGGAGGAGAUCCCCCCUGGGAUCCUUAAUAAGGAGCACAUCAUCUUUGGCAACAUCCAGGAGAUCUACGAUUUUCAUAACAACAUCUUCCUCAAAGAGCUGGAGAAGUAUGAGCAGCUGCCUGAGGAUGUGGGACACUGCUUUGUUACCUGGGCAGACAAAUUUCAGAUGUACGUCACCUACUGUAAAAACAAGCCUGAUUCCAACCAGCUGAUCCUGGAGCAUGCAGGCACCUUCUUUGAUGAGAUACAGCAGAGGCAUGGUCUGGCCAACUCUAUCUCUUCCUACCUAAUCAAGCCCGUUCAGAGGAUCACCAAGUACCAGCUGCUUCUGAAGGAACUUUUAACUUGCUGUGAAGAAGGGAAAGGGGAGCUCAAGGAUGGCCUGGAGGUGAUGCUCAGUGUCCCAAAGAAAGCCAAUGAUGCCAUGCAUGUCAGCAUGCUGGAAGGGUUCGACGAGAACCUGGACGUGCAGGGGGAGCUGAUUCUGCAGGAUGCCUUUCAAGUGUGGGACCCCAAGUCGCUGAUCCGGAAGGGGCGCGAGCGACACCUGUUCCUUUUUGAGAUCUCCUUGGUUUUCAGCAAGGAGAUCAAAGACUCUUCAGGACACACGAAAUAUGUUUACAAGAACAAGCUACUGACCUCAGAGCUGGGUGUGACCGAGCACGUAGAGGGCGAUCCCUGCAAGUUCGCCUUGUGGUCUGGGCGCACCCCAUCCUCAGACAAUAAAACAGUGCUGAAAGCCUCCAACAUAGAAACCAAGCAGGAAUGGAUCAAGAACAUACGCGAGGUGAUUCAAGAGAGGAUCAUUCACCUGAAAGGAGCUUUAAAGGAGCCAAUCCAGCUCCCCAAAACACCAGCCAAGCAGAGGAACAAUAGUAAGAGGGAUGGAGUGGAGGAUGUUGACAGCCAGGGGGAUGGGAGCAGCCAGCCAGACACCAUCUCCAUUGCCUCUAGGACCUCUCAGAACACAGUGGACAGUGACAAGCUCUCUGGCGGCUGUGAGUUGACCGUGGUCCUCCAGGACUUCAGCGCAGGCCACAGCAGCGAGUUGAGCAUCCAGGUGGGACAGACCGUGGAGCUGCUGGAGCGGCCGAGCGAGCGGCCGGGCUGGUGUCUGGUCCGCACCACGGAACGGAGCCCCCCCCAGGAGGGCCUGGUCCCCAGCAGUGCCCUGUGCAUCUCCCACUCCCGAAGCAGCGUGGAGAUGGACUGCUUCUUCCCCUUGGUGAAAGAUGCGUACUCUCAUUCCUCAAGUGAAAACGGAGGCAAGUCCGAGUCGGUGGCCAACCUGCAGGCUCAGCCCUCCCUGAACUCCAUCCACAGUUCCCCCGGGCCAAAGCGCUCCACCAACACGCUGAAGAAGUGGCUGACGAGUCCCGUGCGCCGGCUCAACAGCGGGAAAGCAGACGGAAACAUCAAGAAGCAGAAGAAAGUACGAGAUGGUCGGAAGAGCUUUGACCUGGGAUCUCCCAAGCCUGGGGAUGAGACAACCCCUCAGGGAGACAGCGCUGAUGAGAAGAGCAAGAAGGGUUGGGGUGAAGAUGAGCCAGAUGAAGAGUCACACACACCCCUCCCUCCGCCUAUGAAGAUCUUUGACAACGACCCUGCGCAGGACGAGAUGAGUCUGGAAGGAGGCUCCUACCGGGGAAGCCUGAAAGACGCCACAGGCUGCCUGAAUGAGGGCAUGACCCCACCCACACCUCCUAGAAACCUGGAAGAAGAGCAGAAAGCCAAGGCCCUGAGAGGCAGGAUGUUUGUCCUGAAUGAACUGGUACAGACAGAGAAAGACUAUGUCAAGGACCUGGGGACUGUGGUGGAGGGCUUCAUGAAGAGAAUAGAAGAAAAGGGUGUCCCUGAGGACAUGCGAGGAAAGGAUAAAAUUGUGUUUGGAAAUAUUCACCAGAUUUACGAUUGGCAUAAGGAUGUUUUCCUGGGUGAACUGGAAAAAUGUAUCCAGGAGCAAGACAGAUUGGCACAGCUCUUUAUUAAAUAUGAGCGGAAGCUGCACAUCUACGUGUGGUACUGCCAGAAUAAGCCGCGCUCCGAGUACAUCGUCGCUGAGUACGACGCCUACUUUGAAGAAGUGAAACAGGAGAUAAAUCAAAGACUGACACUUAGCGACUUUCUUAUCAAGCCCAUUCAGAGAAUAACAAAGUAUCAGCUGCUCCUCAAGGACUUCCUGAGAUACAGCGAGAAGGCUGGUUUGGAGUGUUCUGAUAUCGAGAAAGCAGUGGAGUUAAUGUGCCUUGUUCCGAAACGCUGCAAUGACAUGAUGAAUCUGGGACGCCUGCAGGGCUUUGAGGGCACCCUGACCGCUCAGGGAAAGCUGCUGCAGCAGGAUACGUUCUACGUGAUCGAGCUGGAUGCCAGCAUGCAGUCACGGACCAAAGAGAGGCGCGUGUUCCUCUUUGAGCAAAUUGUCAUCUUCAGUGAACUGCUCAGGAAGGGGUCUCUCACCCCAGGCUACAUGUUCAAAAGGAGCAUCAAGAUGAAUUACUUGGUCCUGGAGGAGAACGUGGACAACGACCCCUGCAAGUUUGCACUCAUGAACAGGGAGACUUCGGAGAGGGUCAUCCUACAAGCCGCCAAUGCUGACAUCCAGCAGGCCUGGGUGCAGGACAUCAAUCAAGUCUUAGAAACACAGCGAGACUUCUUAAAUGCCUUGCAGUCACCCAUUGAGUAUCAGCGGAAAGAAAGGAGUACAGCUGCCAUGAGGUCCCAGCCUGCUAGGGUCCCCCAAGCCAGCCCCAGGCCCUACUCCUCCAUCCCCGUGGGCUCUGAGAAGCCCCCAAAGGGCUCCAGUUAUAACCCACCUCUGCCACCCCUGAAGAUAUCUACCUCCAAUGGCAGUCCGGGGUUUGACUACCACCAGGCUGGGGACAAGUUUGAGGCCAGCAAGAGCGACCUGGGAGGCUGCAAUGGGGCCUCACCCAUGGCCGUGAUCAAAGAUUACUAUGCGCUGAAGGAGAAUGAAAUCUGUGUUAGCCAAGGUGAGGUGGUCCAGGUCCUCGCCGUCAACCAGCAGAACAUGUGCCUGGUGUACCAGCCCGCCAGCGACCACUCCCCUGCCGCCGAGGGCUGGGUCCCGGGCAGCAUCCUGGCACCCCUCACCAAAGCCGCGGCAGCCGCAGAGAAUAGCGACGGAAGCAUCAAGAAGUCAUGUUCAUGGCAUACUCUACGCAUGAGAAAGCGGGCGGAAGUGGAGAACACGGGUAAAAAUGAAGCCGCAGGGCCUCGUAAACCCAAGGAUGUUCUGGGCAGCAAAGUCUCUGUUAAAGAGACGAACAGUUCCGAGGAGUCAGAGUGUGAUGAUCUUGACCCUAAUACUAGCAUGGAGAUCUUAAAUCCAAAUUUCAUCCAAGAAGUGGCACCAGAAUUCCUUGUGCCCUUAGUGGAUGUGACCUGCUUGCUUGGGGAUACAGUGACACUGCAGUGCAAAGUCUGCGGGCGGCCAAAGCCCACCAUCACCUGGAAGGGUCCAGACCAAAACAUCCUGGACACUGACAACAGCUCAGCUACAUACACCGUCUCCUCCUGUGAUUCUGGGGAAAUCACUCUGAAAAUCUGCAAUCUGAUGCCCCAAGACAGCGGAAUUUACACCUGCAUAGCAGCAAAUGACCAUGGUACCACGUCAACCUCUGCUACGGUUAAAGUGCAAGGUGUUCCCGCCGCCCCUAACCGCCCCAUUGCCCAGGAGAGGAGCUGCACCUCCGUGAUUCUCCGCUGGCUGCCUCCCUCCAGCACAGGAAACUGCACUAUUUCUGGUUACACAGUGGAGUACAGAGAGGAAGGUUCCCAGGCCUGGCAGCAGUCGGUAGCCUCAACCUUGGACACUUACCUUGUCAUCGAGGACCUCAGUCCUGGGAGUCCUUAUCAGUUCAGAGUCAGUGCCAGUAACCCCUGGGGCAUCAGCCUCCCCAGCGAGCCCUCGGAGUUUGUGCGGCUUCCAGAGUACGAUGCUGCUGCCGAUGGUGCCACCAUUUCUUGGAAGGAAAAUUUUGAUUCAGCUUAUACUGAGCUGAAUGAAAUUGGAAGAGGCCGGUUCUCCAUUGUAAAGAAGUGCAUUCACAAAGCUACUCGCAAAGAUGUCGCUGUGAAAUUUGUUAGCAAAAAAAUGAAGAAAAAAGAGCAAGCUGCCCACGAGGCGGCGCUACUUCAGCACCUGCAGCAUCCCCAAUACAUCACUCUCCAUGACACCUAUGAGUCCCCCACUUCCUACAUCCUGAUUUUGGAACUGAUGGAUGAUGGCCGACUCUUAGACUAUCUUAUGAAUCAUGAUGAGCUGAUGGAAGAAAAAGUAGCUUUCUACAUACGUGACAUCAUGGAAGCCCUGCAGUACCUUCACAACUGCAGGGUUGCACAUUUGGACAUAAAGCCUGAAAACCUGCUCAUUGACCUACGUAUUCCAGUGCCUCGAGUGAAGCUCAUUGACUUAGAGGAUGCUGUCCAGAUCUCAGGUCACUUCCACAUCCACCACCUGCUGGGGAACCCUGAGUUUGCUGCCCCAGAAGUGAUCCAAGGCAUCCCUGUGUCCCUGGGCACUGACAUCUGGAGCAUUGGGGUUUUGACAUAUGUUAUGCUGAGUGGGGUCUCCCCCUUCUUGGAUGAGAGCAAGGAGGAGACAUGUAUCAACGUAUGCAGGGUGGACUUCAGCUUCCCCCAUGAGUACUUCUGUGGUGUGAGCAAUGCUGCCAGAGAUUUCAUCAAUGUGAUCCUACAGGAAGACUUUCGGAGGCGGCCCACGGCAGCCACCUGCCUGCAGCAUCCCUGGCUACAGCCCCACAAUGGCAGCUACUCCAAGAUCCCCCUGGACACCUCCCGCCUGGCGUGCUUCAUAGAGCGCCGCAAGCACCAGAAUGAUGUGCGGCCUAUUCCCAACGUCAAGAGCUACAUUGUCAACCGGGUAAACCAAGGGACGUAGCCAUCUCCCAGUCCUUGAGGUUUCACAUGGAAGUGCAGUGUGAACCAAAGCAAGACUAAAUGUGUCUGUAAAUAAUUCUGUUCAUUAUUUCCCUCCACACGGUUCUCUGGAUUGAGAGAUAAACCUCUUAAACCUCCUCAGUGGUUUUUCAGGGUCGGACCAGCAGUCAAAUCACCCUAAAUCCGGGGACUUUCCAGAAGGUCAUUCAGAAGAGAUACAGAUGCAAAGAGUCACGGAAAGUGUUCAAAAGAGAGGCAAAGAUAACAAGAAUAGCAGCUGUCAUGAAGUUGUAAUUGCACGUUCCAAAAUGAGUGGUUAACUGGGCAAAACUUAAGCUCACUGAAGUUAGUAUAAUAGGU